AUGGCUGCCAUGCAGAUGGAUCCUGAUCUAGCCAAGUGUCUCUUCUUUGAAGGAGCCACUGUGGUCAUCCUAAACAUGCCCAAAGGGACAGAAUUUGGCAUUGACUAUAACUCCUGGGAGGUGGGGCCUAAGUUCCGAGGCGUAAAGAUGAUCCCACCAGGCAUCCACUUUUUCCACUACAGCUCUGUGGACAAGGCCAAUCCCAGGGAGGUAGGCCCUCGUAUAGGCUUCUUCCUUAGCCUGCAACAGCGGGGACUGGUGGUCCUGCGCUGGAACGCAGUCCAGGAAGAGGUAGACCUAUCCCCAGCCCCAGAGGCUGAAGUAGAAGCCAUGAGGGCCAAUCUCCAGGAGCUAGACCAGUUCCUGGGACCAUACCCAUAUUCCACACUCAAGAAGUGGAUUUCACUCACCAAUUUCAUCAGUGAGGCUACAAUGGAGAAGCUGCAGCCUGAGAGUCGGCAGAUCUGUGCCUUCUCAGAUGUGCUGCCCGUGCUGUCCAUGAAGCAUACCAAGGACCGGGUGGAGCAGAACCUACCCCGCUAUGGCACAGAGUGCAAGAGCUACCAAGAGGGCCUGGCCCGGCUACCAGAGAUGAAGCCCAGAGCUGGGACAGAGAUCCGCUUCUCAGAGCUGCCAACCCAGAUGUUCCCAGCAGGUGCCACCCCGGCAGAGAUAACCAGGCACAGCAUGGACCUGAGCUAUGCCCUGGAAACUGUGCUCAGCAAGCAGUUCCCCAGCAGUCCCAAGGAUGUGCUUGGUGAGCUCCAAUUUGCCUUUGUGUGCUUCCUGCUGGGGAAUGUGUAUGAGGCGUUUGAGCACUGGAAGCGGCUCCUGAACCUCCUGUGCCGUUCAGAAGCAGCCAUGGUGAAGCACCACAGCCUCUAUAUCAGCCUUAUCUCCAUCCUGUACCACCAGCUUGGGGAGAUCCCUGCUGACUUCUUUGUGGACAUCGUCUCCCAAGACAAUUUCCUCACCAGUACCUUACAGGUUUUCUUUUCCUCCGCCUGUAGCAUUGCCGUGGAUGCCACCCUGAGGAAGAAAGCUGAAAAGUUCCAAGCCCACCUGACCAAGAAGUUCCGGUGGGACUUUGCUGCAGAGCCCGAGGACUGUGCCCCAGUGGUGGUGGAGCUUCCUGAGGGCGCUGAGACUGGCUAACUGUGGGUUGCCUCCAGCCAUGAGCGGUCCCUUCCACCUGGCUGCAGGCCGGUCCUCUCCUUUCACCCCUGCUUUAUCCUGGGACCCUCCAGGGCAGUAAUCCUGCCAGGUGCCACAAAGAUGGAGCCAGAAUUCCCUUCUUCAUCCAUCAUUGCCAGAGAGGCUCUCCCCAUCCUGAGGGCACAUUUGUGAGUUUCCCAUCAGCCUGGCCUUGGUGCUAACCCAACCAGAUCUCAAAUGGGCUGUUACAGAAGCUCCUAAGAAAGACUUAUCUCAACAGUCAGUAGCAACCUCAUUUCUUCUGAGGAGAAGAAUUGAACCCAAAGUCCAAAAGAACUGAUUGCUUAUUCCACAAAAUGGUUAGAAAACAAGAAGCCUGGGACUCCCUCGGGUUCUGAGAUGUCAGUCAGUGACUUUUUUGAACAUAAACAGAGGGUAAUGGUGCAAUGAACCAGAAUUUCUGCCUGCCUCUUGUUGAUGGGAAUACGUCACAGAAAAUGGGCCUAUGACCUGUCAGGACCUCCAGAUUGAGGAAGGGAUAACAAGAAGCUAAUUGUUUCAGUCUGACAAGUGGUCAGCUUUAGCUUGUUCCCUCUGAAUCUCACUCUGCUGUCCAUAGGCCCCAGGGGGGUAAUCUCUCGAGAUUGGCAUGGCCCUUUGCUCCAGGGCCCUUGCUGGUGCUAUCACCUUCCAUCUGUUCCUUUCUGAGGCCUCAGACCCAGAAGUAGAUCUUGGCAGCCCUCGCACGUGUUCCCUUUCCUCAGCAGAGCCACUGUCAUUGUUUCUAAUGACUUGGAGGUUCAACAACCAAAAGAAGGGUUCUUGCCCUGAGCAGAUUUUUGGGGGGCUCCUUUGAAGUUUUGUGUCUUUUCUUCCAACAUCUAGAGAUGACCCUGUCAGCCUCAGUCUUCCCAGGCCUGCCAUGGAGCUGUCAGUCAUUGGGGUAGUGACGCUUCUGGUUUCCUGGGAGUCCUGAAGGCAUGCCUAUCAUGCUAUGUGGGCAGAGUUGCAUUUCUAGACAUACACACAAGCCCUGCCACCCUGACCUCAAACUGUUGUACUAUGAUUGGAGUCCCUGUGCUGCCCCUUUCUAAGGCUGGGGCUCACUCUAGUUUUUUGAAUGAGAAUCCCUGCUGGUUAAGACUUACAGUUCUUACUUGUUUCCUUGGAGAUGUUUUUCCAAGAGCAUAAUGUACAUUAAAGUCUUUGAGUUAAGACUAAAUCCCCUCGUGUGAGUCUCUCUUGCAGUUAAUCUGCCCAAUUCCCAGGACAGCCAGGCCUCUGUCCAGAGGUGCACAUCUCCCUACAGAGCACUCGAGAGACCCAACCCACCUUCUGCAGUCUUAAGGGGGCAAGCAGCCAGCGUUGCUGUCUGUUCCUAGAGAGACAGUGAGACGCCAGGCUCACAGAAGGAAGGAAAGAGACCCAUGCUUUCAUGAUGAACUGAGGUUUCACCUUGUAUAAAUGUAUGGUUCUCUUCCCCAAAGCCCACUCACCACAACUACCUGGAGAGCCUGUUAGAGCUGCAGGUGCCAUAGGAAUGAAAUCCUGCCAUGCUACAACGUGGAUGCCCCUUGAACAAUUGCUCAGCAGAAGAAGCCAGACAGACUGCAUACUGUAUGAUUCUGUUCGUAAGGCAUGUCCAGAAUAGGCAAAUCCAUAGAGAUGGAAGUAGAUCAGUGCUUGCCAGAAAACAGGAGAGCUAGAAAUGGGGAGUGGCUGCUAAUGGGUCUGGGGUUUUUUUGGGGGUGAUGAAACAUUCUGGAAUUAGAUGAUGGUGAUGGUUGUACAUACAACCUUAUGGGUAUACUAAAAACCAUAGGAAGUGUAUACUUUAAUGAAUUUUGUGGCUUGUAAAUUAUGUCAGUAAUAAUUCCUAAAAGUGUAGAUUCCCAGGUCCCAUCCUGCAGGGAUUCUGGGGCAGUGAUUUUGGGUGGGGCCUGAGCUCUGAGGCACAUUGAGUGUUGAGUGACAAGACCCAGGAGCAGCAGCAUGUGAUUACAAGUAGAGUUCCGCUGGCAUUAUGAGGCCAGCACUUGGAGUAGGCCAUGGGACCAUGUUCUUCAAGUUUGUUGUACUUCUGUGUCUACAAAAACCCCCGUGUCCCAACACACACACACACUUCAAAAGGGUUAAACAAAAGUUGCUGUUGCUAAGUUCUUUGUUCAUUUAAUCUUCACAACACUGUGUGCUAAGUACUAUUAUCCCCAUUUCACUGAUAUGAAAGUAGGCCCAGAAAGCUUAAAUCUGCCAGGGUCUCACAGCUAGUAGUUCUGGAAGACAAAAAGCCUGUUCCAUGGGUGUCCAUUGCCUACUCUGCCACUGGUCAUCGUAGUGAUCAGCUCCUGUGCUGCUCUUGCCUGCCCGUGGCAGCCUCCCCCUUGCUUUGGCCCCGCUGAUAGCCAGCUGUGUGACCUUGUGCUGCUGUUCUCUGGGCCUGGGCCUCACUCUCCUUAUGUAUAAAAUAAGAGAGCUGGCUGGGACUCAGGGUUUCUGAUACAGAUUCACCAGGCUCCCUCAGGUAUUUGAAAGUUGACUUUCAUGUUAUUUAGUGGGGGAUUUUUGUUUGUUUUUGUUUUGUUUUGUUUUG